AUGACACCACCAUAUCUCGUAACGCUGAACAAAAUACCCGGUAUCGACCGUCAUGAGCUUGAGAAGCUAGCGCGGAAGGAGGGCAGCGGCAUCACAGACGAAGCCAUGACCUUCAAGAAGCCCUUCCAGACCGUCAUCCGGCCACCCACCACGAAUCACAAUAUUCACGACGACUAUAUAAAGCAUCCCCCAGAAAACGUGUCCCUGGUGCCCACAGAACCUGUAGAUUUGGCAAGAAAGAGGGCGCAUUCAAAUCUUAGCCGAUGGAGAGAGUGAAGGGACAAGGCCAAAGCAGGCAGAUGUUUCAGGGUGGGUUUUUUUGCAAAUUCUCGCUGUCGCCAUCAGUGAUUCUAAACAGCGUAGACGCGUAUCUUGUGUUUUUGGGAGGCUAAAGCACGGAGUUGGCUGAUGCACAAUCACCAUUGUAUGAAGUUAUGCGCAAGACGUGAUAAAUAUUCAAGGAACGUGCUCAAGUUGAAUAUUUUGCUAUGGUACACGGUUUCACAUGAGCUUCACGUUCCCGUCACCACCAACUUUCCUCAACUUGCGUCCGGUGGCAAAUAGGAUACUGUCCAGCAGGGCAGCCACGGUAAGAACACCUCCGACGAUAGCGCAAGUACUAUAUAGGCAGAGUGAAUAAGAGAGUAUAGGUGGGUACGGCGACACUUACGAAGUGAGGAAGUGAGCAAACGA